AUGACUGUUCUGCACGUUGGGUCUCUGAUUCUCCCGUCCAGCCAGUUUCAUCUGUACUUUUCACUUCAACUAACCCGACAACUCUACCACGCCCGCUCAACAUCAAGUCGCAUACUCGGUCGCAACCAAUCCAGCACCAGACCACCAGCCAUGGAUCCUCCCUCAAACACAGGCAAGCGCCGCAAACUCUCCCUGUUCAACACCAUUCGCGUGCUCAACGGCGGCUCCGACGAUGACCUUGUCACGCCCUUCAACACGCCCCUCGAAAUAGUCGAGGACGGCGGCUCCGACACCGAAGACGAAGAAGACGAACAAACCGCCCAAUACUACCUCAACAAAAUGCGCGACGACACCGACCGGCCCAAGCAAACCGUCUUCGGCGAGGGCGUCGAAGUGUGGAAGUCGUACGGCGGCACCAUCUACGCCGAUCUCACCGACCAAGUCAAGCGCAAGAUGCGCGAGGAGGAGACGUGGAACGCCGAAGCCAUGGCCACCGUUGCUGGCGGGCUGAAGCGCAAGAUGGGCGAGGAAGCCGAUGCGAAGAUCAAGAACUGGAUGCUUGAGAAGAAGACCGAUGGGAAGCCGAUUCCACCUGAUGUAAGCCCCCCCCCUUUUCCUCCCUCAUUUCACAUAUACCAUACUUACAUACCACAGCCCAUCUCCAUGCCUCCCGCCCCUAUCCUUCCCCCUACAGAAGCCUACCCAGACCGUGACCCCUCCGCCACGCGCUUCCACUUCUCCAGCGCCGGCAUCGACCCCCUCGGCGCACACGCCCGGCCUAUCAAGCCCCUCCCGCGCCGCUCUAACCUGCCGCGCAUGGGCGAGCGUCUCGUCUCCGUCGGCGUGACAGGUACGCAGCCGCAGGUUCGGGAUGGCGAGAGCCCGCCAGUGCCAGCUUCGAGUCCGUCGCUUCGGCGGCGAGCUUUACCAGUCUUCCGAGCACCACGGGAGGGAGCUUUGGAAACUAGGACGCGGAGGGUUGUGAGCGGAAGUUUUGGGAGCUUUGAGGGGGGUGUGGGGAGGUUUGAUGAGCGGAAGUAUCGGUUGGGACAGAAGAAGGGUAGGGAGAAGUUGGAGACGGUCAGUGAGGAGGGUGAGGAUGAGGAUGGGGAGGAGAAUGUCAAGGAGAACUUCAAGGAGAAGGAGAGCCCCAAGGAGAUCGUCACGGACGGCAAGAAGCCGGACUUGUUCAAGGGCAAGCCUUGGCUCAAGCGUUGA